AGAUUGCCCCACCCACAGUUGAGUACGGAGGUAAUAGCGGUCGGUAAAGUAUCGCGUUUUGGCUAUUGACCAGACAACCUCUUUUACUUGUCAUUUCUUUCUCUCUCUUUCUCUUCUUUUCUUUUUUUUUUCUUCCUCCUUUGCCCCGCAUAAUAUAAUCUCUAUUAUUCGAUUAUAUUGGGGUUAUUCAAGUUAAUUUUCAGCCUUGGAUCCUCUGUGACCCUUCAAGCUUCCACCUUUACGGAUUUCAUACGGUGGGUUCUGGUGCCCUCCAUUUGUAUUACAUCUGGGUUUGUAUUAGAAUUGGUGAACAUUGAAGGGCAGCUUCAAAUUUUGGGCUGCAUGUGCGAUCUAUUUCCAGGCUUUAAAGUUGUUAAGCCAUGGGAGAAUGGAUCAUUGGAGCUAUCAUCAACUUGUUCGGUAGCAUUGCCAUCAACUUCGGAACUAACCUUCUUAAAUUGGGUCACACUGAGAGAGAAAGGCAUGCUGUGCUAGACAGCGAUGGAACAAAUGGAAAGCAUUCAUUGAAACCUAUUAUAUACUUCCAUUCUUGGAGAGUUGGUGUUGUAAUUUUUAUUCUUGGAAAUUGCCUUAAUUUCAUAUCUUUUGGAUAUGCUGCUCAGUCCCUUCUUGCAGCCCUCGGCUCAGUUCAGUUUGUUUAAAUCGCAUUUGCUUACUUUGUGUUCAACAAAACGGGACUGGUUCUGGUUGCAACAGCCUUUAUUGUUCUUGGAAACAUUUUUCUUGUUUCUUUUGGCAAUCACCAAUCACCUGUUUUCACACCAGAAGAAUUGGCAGAAAAGUACAGCAACAUUACAUUUCUUGUGUACUGCCUGAGUUUGGUCUUAGUUGGUGCCUUGAAUCACUACAUUUACAGGAGAGGAGAACUUAUGCUUGCUGUUUCUGGACAAGAUCUUAAAGAUCUUAAAUCCUAUUGGCAUAUGCUGCUUCCAUUUUCAUAUGCUAUAGUUUCAGGUGCUGUAGGAUCAUGCUCAGUGUUGUUUGCAAAAUCUCUCUCUAACCUUCUCCGGUUGGCCUUGUCUAAUGGUUAUCAGUUGCAUAGUUGGUUCACAUAUUCAAUGCUUCUUUUAUUUCUUAGUACAGCGGGAUUUUGGAUGACGAGGUUGAAUGAAGGAUUGGCACUGUUUGAUGCCAUCCAAAUUGUUCCCAUGUUUCAGAUUGCUUGGACUUUCUUCUUUUGUACAGGAUUUGUAUACUUUCAGGAGUAUCAGGUCCUUUCUCUCAUUUCUCUCAUUUCUAUAAGUUGGGUGCAACUUUGUAGCUUAGGUUCAUAAUCAAUUCAUCA